AAUUCCCACCAACAGACCACCACAAGAUGCUCUUCUUCCUUUGCAAGCCGACCAAUGCAUUAUAAAAACCUGUGCCAGAGCAACUCGAUUUCUACAAAGAUGGCGGCAACAGCUCCAGUCGAGAUUGGCACUCGAGGCACGAUUGGAUCGCUCCUAUCACAGGAGAUCGAGUACUUCAGAAGGCUCGAACUGGACCGCCGGAACACCCCGCAGAGACCAUGGCUGCAGAUUGCAGGGGCGAGAUCGGGCAGUUGCAGUAGCUCUGGACCCAAUUCUGGGUUUGUGGUUGUGGCCCAGAAGAAGAAGAAGAAGAGAAGCAGUGGAGGGUUCCUCCCAAGCAUCUGCUCUGCGGUGGAGGUUGCAGAUAGCCGGGUGGAGAGAAUGCCCGGAUUCAGUUAUAGGAAUCUGAAAACAGAUAUCAAGAAAGGUCAAGGCUAGGCAACAGUUUCGGAGAGCUUGGAGAAACUAAGCUUCUUGAGGCUGGCAGUUAUGGGGCUGGGCCAUGCUUUGUCGGGGCUGCCGCAUUUUAGAUCUACGACUUCAGCGACAAGGUAAGAUCCUUUCUUGUUUGGUUUCUCACGGCUGGUAUUUCCAUCCGUGGUGACAUUUUCGGAGCUGAGCAUUGGCACACAAUGGUCGUUCUUUCGGAGGUUGGAUCUUGUUUUUGGUGCAUUUAGAGGAAGUCUUUGAUUACUGUUGUUGUUGUUGCUGCUGCUGCUGGCUUCAUUGGGUGAAUUCCUUCUUGGCUGUGUUUUCUUCAGAAUUGCGCCACAGGGAACUGAGACAGGAAUAGUGGGAUUCUUCCUUCUAGAGGGAAUCGAUGCUUGUGGCACGUGUUUCAUGGAUUGCAAUUCCCUGGUCAUCAAGGAACCAAUUGUACCAGUGGUCCCCACCCUGAUAGAGCCUCCAUUAUCGUCAAUGGCUUCAAAUGCCGGAACCAUGAUCUUCUGUCAAUCAGAGUUUUCCAGAGACCCUUUUUUUCUUUUUCAGGUGGAAGCUGAUUGUAGUUGCAUGUACGUUCUAACACAAGCUGUAGCUGGUUUUAAAGAAAACAGUAAAACCACUCAGAAGUGUAUAGAAAGUGAACUUUUGAUGCUGUUUUGGUUGAAAUUGGGUUUGGAUGUGCAAAUGACUUGGAAUUGAUAAGAUUCAGACUAGUAUUCAUAAUGAAGAAGGAAAACCCUCAAAUUGCAUCUUA